AUGGCAGGCCUUCACUCCCGCCUCACCACUUUUCUCCUUCUCCUCCUCUCUGCCCUCCCUUUCAUCGCCGCCGCCGCCCCCUCCUCCGGCUGCGGCAAAGGUCCCACCCUCUACAACGGCCAAACCGUCACCACCAACAUCAACGGCAAAUCGCGUCGCUACACCGUCCGGCUUCCGGACAACUACAACCAAAACAACCCCUACCGCCUCAUCUUCCUCUGGCACCCACUCGGCAGCUCCAUGCAAAAGAUCAUUCAGGGCGAAGACCCCAACCGCGGCGGUGUCCUGCCUUACUACGGCCUGCCGCCCCUCGACACGAGCAAGAGUGCCAUAUACGUGGUUCCGGACGGGUUGAAUGCUGGCUGGGCGAACCAAAAUGGGGAGGACGUCUCCUUCUUUGACAACAUUCUGCAAACCGUGAGCGAUGGGCUGUGCAUCGACACCAACCUCGUCUUCAGCACGGGCUUCUCCUACGGCGGCGGCAUGAGUUUCAGCCUGGCGUGCUCGCGGGCGAACAAAGUCCGUGCCGUCGCUGUCAUUUCUGGUGCGCAGCUUUCUGGCUGCGCGGGCGGGAAUGAUCCGGUGGCGUACUACGCGCAACACGGAACGUCCGACAGCGUGCUGAAUGUGGCGAUGGGAAGACAGUUGAGAGAUCGGUUUGUGAGGAACAAUGGGUGCCAGCCGGCAAACGGGGAAGUACAGCCUGGUAGUGGAGGAAGGUCCACGAGGGUCGAGUAUCAGGGAUGUCAACAGGGUAAGGACGUGGUGUGGGUUGUGCAUGGCGGAGAUCAUAAUCCGAGCCAGAGAGAUCCGGGACAGAACGACCCGUUUGCGCCGAGGAACACUUGGGAGUUCUUUAGCAGGUUCAACUAG